AUGGCGGUUCCUGUUAAAUCCAUCUCUUUAACUUCCCUGCUACUUCUACUUGUCUUGCUUGGAGCCAUGGCCUCCGCUAACUUAAGUGUGGAAGAUGAAGGUUUGAGCGAGCAUGCAGUUGGUGACCCAGAGGAGAUUGCUCACAUGCUUCACACGAGCAUACUUAACAGCACUGACAGAAGGAAAUUGGGAUAUUCCUGCGCAACUGGAAAUCCCAUUGAUGAUUGCUGGCGUUGUGAUCCUAAUUGGUUCAUCAAUCGCAAGCGCCUGGCUGGUUGCGGUGUAGGUUUUGGCCGAGAUGCCAUUGGAGGCCGUGAUGGCCGGUUUUAUGUUGUCACUGAUCCGGGUGAUGAUGACCCUGUAAACCCCCGGCCUGGCACUCUGCGCCAUGCUGUUAUCCAAAACGAGCCCCUCUGGAUCAUUUUCAACCGCGAUAUGGGGAUAACAUUGAAGCAGGAGCUCAUAAUGAACAGCUACAAGACCAUUGAUGGCCGCGGAGUCAAUGUCCAUAUUGCUAAUGGAGCCUGCAUCACCAUCCAGUUUAUUAGCCAUGUUAUUAUUCAUGGUUUACAUAUCCAUGACUGCAGACCCACUGGGAAUGCUAUGGUUAGGAGCUCACCUUCCCAUUUUGGCUGGAGAUCAAUGGCUGAUGGUGAUGCCAUUUCCAUCUUUGGCUCGAGCCAUGUAUGGGUUGAUCACAAUUCGCUAUCCAACUGUGCUGACGGCCUUGUUGAUGCUGUCAUGGGCUCAACUGCCAUCACAGUUUCUAACAAUUUCUUCACUCAUCACAAUGAGGUUAUGAUGUUGGGUCACAGUGACAGCUACUGGGGGGACACGAAAAUGCAAGUGACAAUUGCCUUCAACCAUUUUGGAGAGGGUCUUGUGCAGAGAAUGCCAAGGUGCAGACACGGGUAUUUCCAUGUGGUCAACAAUGACUACACUCACUGGGAGAUGUACGCGAUUGGUGGAAGUGCAAACCCGACAAUCAACAGCCAAGGCAACCGAUUCCUUGCCCCAAACAAUGGUUAUGCAAAGCAGGUGACAAAGAGAGUGAAUACUAAUGCUGACCAGUGGAAAGGUUGGAAUUGGAGAUCAGAGGGUGACUUGUUUCUGAAUGAGGCCUAUUUCGUGCCAUCUGGAUCUCGAGCUUCAGCCAGUUAUGCCAGAGCUUCAAGCAUGCCGGCAAAGUCAUCUUCCAUGGUCGGCACCAUCACUUCAGGAGCUGGUGUCCUUAACUGCCGCAAGGGACACCCAUGUUAG